UGUUAGGUCACAGAUGGCCAUUCCCACUGAAUGGUCUAAUAUAACUAAACGGUCAUUUAAUCAGUCAUUACCUGAUACCACCAUGAAAGUCACAAUCGUCUUUCUAGCUGUUCUCGGAGUUGCUCUGGCCCAGGAUCCGCCGACCACUGUGCAGACAGUCGUCGUCACCGGUGGAGUUGCCGCCGGGGGGGCAUGCACCAAGACCACUGACUGCGGCGAGGGGUACUGUUGCGUUACUAAAUUCAUAGGCAAGAAGAAGCGCUUCAUCUUCAACGAUCUUUUUGGCAGCCACAACAGCGGCAAGUGCGAGCCUGAGCGCAAGGAGAAUGAUUCUUGCCACGUGUUCAUGGACCACGACAUCUUUAACCCCAACCUGUUUGAAGACUACUGCCCAUGCAUGACUGGCCUGGAGUGCCGGGGCGAGACAGUGGACGAGACCGGAGGUGCCAUCACUCAUCACAACCCCAAGUGUCAACCAAAGUCUGGAAGUUCUAGCAACUAAUCUUCAUAAUAUAUUAACCGAGAUUACCGGAGGUAACCCGACGUUAUCCGAGAUAUUACCCAAAAUUAUCCGUUGCUUUGUACUGUAAUAAACAAGUCAAGAAGUUGUA